AGAUAGAUACCGCAUUAGAGGUAGAUGCUGCAUUAGAGAUAGAGGUUGCAUUAGAGAUAAAUGCCGCAUUAGAAACAGAAGUCAUAUUAGAGGUAGAAACUAUAUUAGAGAUAGAAGCCAUUGUUGAAAGAUAUUGA